UAUUAAAUUAUGAUUAAAAAAAAUGCAACAAUUUUCCGGUUCAGUUAACCCGGGCGGCCCGCUUUCGCUUCAUAACUUCCAUUCCGUUCUAAGAGUUUUCGGGCCGAACGCUUUGCCGCCAUCGCCGCCGAAGCUGAGCUCCUUCCACUUCCUUCUGUAAGAAUUAAAUUAAUCAAAAAAGAAGUGAAAAAGCUUCUAUUUUUAAGAUAAAAUGGGGGGAUCAGCCAAGGAGCAACAACAGGAGGUAGAAGAAGAUGAAGAAGAAUAUGUCCUGCUCGAUUUGGAUAGCGUAGCUCCCCACAUUCGUAUUCCAGAAAACGCACCAUACGUGCUCACUGGUCUGGACACGCUAAACCCGAUUCUCGUGAUAGAUAACAAUAUCAAGCUGAUUGGAGAAUACACUGAAACAAUUGGGACUGGCCUUAUUUUUGGUGAAAGUGACGUGGGGUGUGAACAAGAGGCUGGCCCAUCAGAGGCCAAGAAAACCCAAGCUAAGCAGGUUAAUCCAAUGGGACACAGCUCAAUAAGGUUCUUAAAUUCAAAUUAUGCUUGGAACCUACGAGUUAAGAUCUUCUGACCACAAUUGUUGUCGUGACUCGUGAUUGAUCCCUCUCGUUCUAUGUUACAAGACUUCCGAUCAUCCAGGGAACCUCACCUCGUCUUAUACAACAAAAACAUUGUCAACUUUGUUCCUAUUUUUUCCUCCCAGCUAUCUGCAGCUGCAUGACUAGUUGUUUGUUCAUGUUUAUGUGUAUGCUUUCAGCGCCAUGUACAUUCUAUCUCUCCGUCCUUCGUUGUUGAAGCCUAAUCACUUUAAUUAGGAGUAAUAUAUGUAUUGAAAAGUAUACUUUUAUACCUAAGUUUUGGUUGAUUUAAAUAUUUACAAUUCUGAUAA